AUGGCGGGGAAGAGAAAGAGGCCUCGCAGGGCCUCCCACCUGAGCCGCCGCCCUGGCAGGACGAGUCGGGAGCCAGCCCUGGGCGUCGCGGGGCCGCUCUGCAUGGCCCUGGCCCUGCCCGCUGGAGCGGGGUCUGGGUCUGGGCAGCACCAGCCGGGGGUGGACCUGUGCAAGCCUCUGCGACUUGAUAUAAAGAGGAAACUAACAGCCCGGUCUGACCGGGUGAAGAGUGUCGACUUGCAUCCCACAGAGCCAUGGAUGCUGGCCAGCCUUUACAAUGGCAGCGUCUGCGUUUGGAACCAUGAAACCCAGACUCUGGUGAAGACUUUUGAAGUGUGUGACCUGCCAGUGAGAGCUGCCAAAUUCGUGGCAAGAAAGAACUGGGUUGUUACAGGAGCUGAUGACAUGCAAAUUAGAGUAUUUAAUUAUAACACCUUGGAAAGAGUUCACAUGUUUGAAGCACAUUCAGAUUACAUCCGCUGUAUUGCUGUGCAUCCCACACAGCCUUUCAUACUGACAAGCAGUGAUGACAUGCUCAUUAAACUCUGGGACUGGGAUAAAAAAUGGUCUUGUUCUCAGGUGUUCGAAGGACACACCCAUUAUGUCAUGCAGAUUGUCAUCAACCCAAAAGACAACAACCAGUUUGCCAGUGCCUCUUUGGAUAGGACUAUCAAGGUGUGGCAGCUUGGCUCUUCUUCACCCAACUUUACUUUGGAAGGCCAUGAGAAAGGAGUAAACUGCAUUGACUAUUACAGUGGAGGAGACAAGCCGUAUCUCAUUUCGGGUGCAGAUGACCGGUUGGUUAAGAUCUGGGACUACCAG